AUGGCGGAUGACAAGGAUUCUCCGCCCAAGCUUAAGGACCUGGCAUUUCUCAAGAACCAUCUGGAAUGCCUGCAGCAGCGUGUGAAAGAAGAAGUCAGCAGUGGUAUGAGCCAGGAUGGCUUGCUCUUGUCCUCCCCAUUCCUCAAGGACUUCUUAGCCAGCUAUGUGGUGACCAAACUGAGGGCAUCAGCAGUAUUGGGCUUUGCUGUGGGUACCUGCACUGGCAUCUACGCGGCUCAGGCAUAUGCCGUGCCCAAUGUGGAGAAGACAUUGAGGGACUAUCUUCAGUCAUUGCGAAAGGGGCCUGACUAG